AUGAAUAUUAUAAAGGAUAUGGUUAAAGCUAAUAUUAUGAGAGAAUUCAUCUAUUCACCAAUAAAUCAUCGUCUUCUUUUACAAUAUUCAAAUAACAAUCAUUAUCAACAUCCAGAUUUAGUGGAAUGCGGUGGUUUAACAUUGUCAUCAUUUUCAUCAUAUCGUGAACAACAAUCAAUGAUAAUGAAAUUUAGUAGCAUAAGUGUACCAAAAUCAGCAUCAAAUGGAAACAAUACAGAACCAUCAGAAAGACCUAAUAUUCAUUUACCAAUAAUUAUUCGACAAGCUCCAUCACCACCACCUCUACCAUUCAUUCAGCUGUUUUUGUAA